AUGCCUCUAGACAGGGAUUACGAGACUGCGUCGGCUCUCUUCCUCGGGCCCACCGGCGAAAGCAUGGACUUUUUCCGCCGCUGCCUUGCGGAUAUCUUGGGAAGCCAUCAAACGAUCCGCCUAGAACGCCACAAUCCCGCUGAUCCCGUUCACCAUCCUCUUGCCCUUCAAUCUGACGGGCUCCUGGAGGUUCGCGGGAGGAUAUCAGCUCGUCUCCACGAGCUCCUAAUGAUGCUUCAAGAGGGCUCCUCACCAAUCGUCUCGCCUCGAUACCUGGCCCAUGUGUGUUGCGAGCCGACAUUACCAUCGAUUCUAGGCUAUUUCGCUGUCAUGCUGCUCAACCAAAAUAACUGUAUACGCUCCUUGGGUCCUGUUACGGCUGAGCUAGAGACGAUUGUCGGUCACCAGUUAUGCAGGAUGCUUGGCUUCACGGUUGAUCCAGACUUGAAGCACGGCCUGGCCGCAUGGGGACAUCUUGUCGGUGGCGGCACGAUUGCCAACCUUGAGGCACUUUUACCAUGCCUAUCUCUAUUCCUAGUCCGCAACCUCAAAUUUUACCCGUUCGCAGUCCUGGGAGCUCUCCGCGACGAUGGGCCGCUCGCCUCCGUUGGACGUGCAUUUCGCAUGAGAACACGAAGCGGCAAAUAUCGCUUAUUGCGAGAAAUGGCGCCGUGGGAUCUGUUCAACCUGGGCAUUACUGAUGUACUCGAUAUCCCAACUCGCCUUCGGAAUGAGUUUGGUGUCUCCAAAGAAGUGCUCGACUCCGAGGUUGACCCACAUACGUGCCAGUCCCUUGGCAUGUUUCAGUUGGCAAAGCGCUGGAACAUGGACAGAUUGCCAAAGCUGUUGAUCGCGAGCUCGCGCCAUUACUCAUGGCCAAAAUCGGCCGCGUUCGCCGGGAUAGGCUCAAAGAAUAUCAUCAACGUCGACGUUGAUAAUGACGUGAAGAUGAGCAUCUCUCACCUUCGUACUAUCCUGGAGGAAUGUCUCGAAUCUAAACAGCCCAUUUAUGCGAUCGUCGCUACGAUAGGCACCUCGCAAGAGGGUGCCGUCGAUCCUGUCCACGAUAUUAUCGAACUACGGAAAGAAUUUGCUGCGAAAGGCCUCUCGUUCGCUAUUCACGCUGACGCCGCAUGGGGUGGCUACUUUGCCACAAUGAUGUCUCAGGAGUUCGCCGCGAACGCGGGAAGUACUAUUCGACUGCGCAAGGAAACCGAGCGCAAUUUCGCGAGUCUGAAGGAUGUAGACUCCAUUACCGUCGACCCCCACAAGUCGGGGUAUGUCCUGUAUCCUGCCGGGGGUCUCUGCUAUCGAGAUGGGAGAACGAGAUAUCUCGUAACGUGGUCAGCCCCGUACAUCGAAGAAGGCCUUUCCAACCACAUUGGCUGGUUCGGUGUCGAGGGAAGCAAACCUGGUGCUUCUGCUGCCGCUGUCUGGCUCUCUCACGAAGUCAUUGGUUUAAAUGUACAUGGGUACGGCGCCCUCCACCGACGAGCAUUGCUUGGCGGCCGUCUGCUUUAUUGCCAUCUAGCCACUAUGUCCGGUGACCAAGUCCCAUUCAUCGUCGUCCCUUUCAAUCGCCUACCUUCACAACGUUCUGACGACCCCUGUGAAACGAGGAUUCGCACUGAACAGCAAUUCAUCCGCCAUCGUAUUCUAGGAGUAUCUGAGGCGCAGCUUGAAGCCGACAGCGACGCCGUGGCCCUUCUGAACUCCGUUGGCUCCGAGCUCAACCUCAACCCCUUCGUCUGCAACUUCCGUCUGGCCGAUGGCUCUGCUAACACAAGCGUGCGCCUGUCAAAUAGCCUCAAUGAGCGGAUAGCUGCCCGGCUGUCCGUUGAAAAUCUGGCGGGGUCGCCAUUCAUCAUGUCGUCGACGACGUUCACGCAGAGAGAGUAUGGGAAUUGUUUGACUACGUUCAAACGACGUAUCGGCUUAACUGAAGGGGACGAGAACCUUGUCGUGUUGAAGUACACCGUCAUGUCACCUUUCUCUUCGCAGCCCGCCUUCAUGGACAACAUUAUCGGUGACUUGCGCAAAGUCCUGAUAGAAGAGGCUGCGUUCGUUAUCAAUACAUCGGUAUCAAUCGCAUCGAGGCUUUGA